UCAUCCCACUCUUGUCUCCCUCCAUCCUUCCCCAUCUCCUCUCUCCUCCCUCUCCAGCCUUCAGUCUCCUCCCUCCCCAUCUCUCCUCCCCUGUUGUCCAUGUGCCCGGCCCCUUCAUUAAGUCUCCUAUGAAAGAGAAGCCUCUUGCUGGCAGUCACACUCCCGGAGCCUCACAGGAGCCUCUCUCACACAAAAAGAAAGCCCACGCACUGACUCAGGCCUGGACACAGAGAUACGGUUGGCUGCCAAAUCCUAAUCAGUGAAUCUCCGAGUGAGGCCUCGGUGUGCCAUAUCUCUCUGUUUGUCUGCUGCUGACAUGGAGUUCCACAGUAUGCAUAAAAUCUUCCACUCCAACCACCUGGGUGAGGAGAAGCACCAGAUGCUGAACCUGAACCGACGCCUGGAGUCCUACCUGAGUCGGGUCAAACUCCUAGAGGAGGAGAACGCGCUGCUCGCAAAGGAGAUCCAAGCUAUGAGACACAACAGCCACGGAGCCUCAGCACACAGGAAGGGCCUGGAGGAAAAGCUGCGGCAAACAAGAUUGGAAGUGGAGGAGGCCUGGAGGGACAGGGUCCUCACAGAGAUGGAGAUUGGCAAGCUGGCUGAGGAGCUUCAAGCCCUGGACCUGCUGAGACAGAGGGAGGCUCAGGCCCACAUGGAGGCCAAGACAAAGCUGGCACAGAGCAGAAAGGAGCUGGAAGAGGAACAGAGGGCACAGAUCUGGCUAAGGGAGAAGGUCGGUCAGCUGGAGCAGGAGAUGAGACUCCUGAUUCAAACCCAUCAGCAGGAUGUGGCCCACUUGGAGGCCACGCUGAGCCGUUCCAGAGCCACAAUGUCUCACACAGCGGUUCAAAGAUGCAACCAGACACCCAGCCUCUUCCAGCUGGGGCAUGAGUACACCCAGAGGGCCAGCAGGGCAUGGCAGGAGGCGGCAGAGGCCUAUCAGGGCCAGUUAGCUCGGCUAGAGGAGUCGCUCAACCAGGCCAGGAGCCGUUUGACCCAAGUGGACCAGGAGAAGCGCGAGAGCCAACUGAAGCUCCAAGCCCUGGAGAAGGAGAUGGCCUCAGCUCAGGAUGUCAGGCUGCAUCUGGAGAAGACUGCAGCCCAGCAGAGAGACACUUACAGCCGGGAGAUCCAGCAGCUCCAGGAACACUUGGAUGGUCUGGAGGCGGAGAAAGAGGAGGUGGGCCAGCAGAUUGAUCACCUCCUGGUAGAGAACCGAGGCCUGCUGCAGCUGAAGAUGUCCCUGGGCCUGGAGGUGGCGACGUACAGAACUUUGCUGGAUAAUGAAAGCCUCAAGGGAGACUUCUCAUUGUUGAAUCAGCCAAGACACAUUUCCAUCACAGAUGCAAUUUUCAGUCCUCAGGGAGUUAAAAAGUAUUACCAGACCCAGCUGCCUGCUAGCCACAAGAUCGCUUCCCUCGCAUCUGUCCGUGGCACAAGAGGACCUACAGUGAUAACUACAACAUCAACAUGGAGUAAAAAACCUGUGACUGUAAAAGAAACGCUGAAGAUUUCAGAGAAACCUGCUGAUUCUGAUGCAACGAAGUCAGCAACGUGGGAAAGCCCUUAUCCAAAAAUACUGCAAGAUGGAGCCGUUGAAAAUUUCAGACCACAAGAGGUUCAUGAGAAAGUCACCUAUGCUGAGCCCUUGUCACCUCCCAAUGAGCAAGAGGAUAAUGCUAAAACACCAGAGCACAAAGAAAAGGAAGAAAAUUCAAAUGAUGUUGAUAUUGAAUCCCUUGAAGAGAAACCAGUUGUUGAGUCAGUUGUCAGUUAUCAGGUUGAGUCUGGUCUCAGCAGUGAGCCGUCCUUCAGUGAUGAAACUGGUCACCAUCAGUUCACAACACCCAGCCUCACGCCAUACCACGUCAGAAUGACAGAGGAGUCCUGCGGUUUCUCAGAUGAAUCUGAUAAGGAAGUUGCUUUCGAAGGGACAGCUGAAGAAGAAGAAAUGCAACAGCCGCAUGGUCCAAUUGAGGCAUGGGUAAAGACAGAGUGUGUAGGUAAAGAGGUAGAGCAUGUGCAGGAGGAGACUUCAGAUUCUGAAACCGAGGCGAUGCUUGAACCAACCUUUGGAUCCAGGCCAAGCAGUCCAGAGUCUGAAUGUGGGCCUGAGGAAAGUGUCUUUAAUCAAGUGACAGAUUACAACUUUGAUGAAAACAUCUCAAAUGAUUACAAAACUGAGAUGAGACAAGAGGUAAGCUGUUCUGCAGUAGGAACAAAUGAAACAGAUGCCGAGGAUAAGUUGUACCCCGAUGGAGAAGAGAUGGAUACUUGGGACAGUGUAAUAGAAAGGAGGAUUAUUCUGAAGACAGAUGAUGGCAUUAAUAAUGAUGAAGGAAAAACACAACAUGCUGAACCAGAGGAAGACAUAUCAACAAAAGAACCAGAGCAUAAGAAGAAAGAAAUUAAGCAGGAUGUUUUUAGGGAUGUCGAUAAAGACGAAAAUGUGGCCUCUUCACUGACGGACAAGCAAGUGGAUGACAGACAGCAUAUUGAGUCAGAGCAAGAACAUGAUGUGCGUGCUGAUGGUGAAGAAGACGAUGAGGAGGAUUCUCAAAACGUCUCUGAGUCAUGGAGGACUGAGCUGGAGGGUGACAGCUACGCUCAGGAUAACACCCUCGCUGACACUCGUCCUCUGAUUCGAUACAAAAGCGAUGAGACUGACGCUAAUACUCAGGCAUCGCACAUGGAAGAGAGCGAGUCCAGUGAAGGUGAACAGGAAAGAAAGGCCGGAGAGACAGGAACUGGGAUGUGGAAUGAGGACAAGGCAAAGAGAUUUGGAACUAUGGAAGAUCUGUGUGAGGACGCUGAAGGAGUAGCAAUGGAUGAGGUUUAUAAUAUGAGAUACACUCAUAUUGAAGACAGAGAUGGUACAAUUGUAAGUGGGCAUGAUGGUGAUGGUGCAGAAAAUGCAGAAGAGAUGAUCAGGAAAGUCAAUGAGGGACAUUCAGAUGAAGAAACUGAUGAAUUUACCAAACCCACGGUACGUGUAAAUGCAGACUUUGAUGAGGAGCUGGAAAUAGACAGACUUGUGGAGCAGGAAUUAGAAAAUCUGUCCACAGACAGCUACAGUGCUCACUUUGCACAGCAUCAGUUCAGUGAGGAGAUGGGGCAUCUGAAGGGGAACACUGUCGAGGAAAUGACAGAGCAAGAAGAACCUGGAAAAACAAAAACAGAGGAGAUGUCUAACGGUGUAGAAACUGGAAUGAAGGUAAACCAUGAACUUAAAUCCUCCAUUACAAUGACAGAUCAGACUUCUGAGAACCUAUUUAUCAGCGAUUCAUCAGUGGUAACAGACACAGCAGCUGAGGAAGAUAUCUACCAUGAAGAUCCACAAGCUCUAGAUGCACCAGAGAAAAAAGAGGAAGAUGAUGAAACCAAUGUGUCCAUGCUGACACAUGCUGAUGGAACAGAAAACUUCAUCAACAGGCCUGAUGUGGAAGAACACAGUAGCUCAGAGGAUCCAAACUCAGUGUUACAGGUAACAGCAGAUGAGAAAAACCUGCAGGAUGUGGCUGUACUCACUGAGGUGAAAGAGGAAGUACCUGUGGAGGCAUCUUAUGAUUCUCAAAAACAUCUAGCUGAGGAUGUUGCAGAUUGUAAGGAGUUUCCUGCAGCUCCAGAAGCAGCUGAAUGGGAAGUCUUGGAGAACCCAGGAGAGGACUUUGACAUCAGAGACCAAAAUGAACAAGGUGAAAAAUGUGACGAUGUGCUUGAAGCAGCCAAUAAAGGUGGUACGAUGCAUCAGGUAGAGCCCUUUGAGAUUUCCCCUGACAGCAUACUAAAUGAAAACGAUAUAUUCGGGCUACAAGAUGCAACAAACAGCAGCCUCCAUGGUUUAAUUUCCUCUGGCGUAAAGAAUGACUUCUGGGUGUCUUCCUUGGAAAGUGGUGCUUCCUAUCAACCAGAGGACACCUGCAAUGAAGCAGCUGAGCACACCAACCAGAAUCUAGGAUUUGCUGAUGGCCGGGUUUUGGGGAAUUCAGAAAACCAGAAUGUGGUAAAUGGAAACUCCAGGGUGGAUACUGACUCAGCUAAUUCCCCGACUGCUAAGAAUGAGAAGGAGCAGAUACAUACAGAAGUGAAGCAGGUGCUGUGCAGAAAAGCUGGUGAAGGGGAGUUUGUCCAUUCUGAGGAGUCUGAAGUUGAGGGUGAAUCAUGGUCAUCUGGGGAGUAACUGGCAUAAAAAAAAAAGUAGUGAGAAGUUUCAGAUUAAGAUGUAGUCAGUGGAAAAUGGUGUUUUCUGUACAACACAUUUACUGUCAAACCAAAGUUGUGCCUUGGUGCGCUUCUUCUUAGUGACACUAACCACCAGUGUGCCAAUUCUGUUGUCUCAUUUCCCUUAACUGACACAUUUUUGACUAGCAAUUUUUUCUUCUUUCCCAGUUGUUCAAAUGUUUCAGUCUUUCGGUGUGCAUGCUAUGAAAGAAGACUGCAUGAGGGAACAGCAUGAAGACAGAACAAAGAAUGUCAUUUGAAAGUCAAAGCCUUUAUCGACCUUUGCCUAAUCUGAUUUUACUAACGGAAGGAAAUCAAUGAGACCAGAGGGUUAGAAUUGCUUGUAGACCUGCUAUUUUAUAGUGCGUCAAACAGACAGCUAGUGUUUCUGCUACUGAGUUAUUUCUCUAGACAGCAAACUGACCCAUAUUUGCAUGCUUUACACCUGUAGAACGACUGCUUGGUUGCAAAUGUUUUAUGUCACAGGAGAUAAAUCAGCAUAGAUAAGAAAACUGUUAUCUUUGUACACGGUUGGCCUGUAAAAUCAGAGGAUGAACUGGUUUUACUAUCAUCCAUAAAGUUCAAUUAUACUGUGGUACAGUUCAAAAUAAACAGUAGAUUCCCUAUA